UCAGCUGAGACAAAUGACGGCUGUAGCAGUCUACAACUCUACAUGCCUUUAAAAUUAUCCACUUCCAGUAACAAACGGCACACGAUGCUGAUUAUACUAUUUACUUUUAACACGCGAAGGUGACUACGUUUUUUAUAUGAAAUUCACGCCUGUACAAUGGAUUUCAUUGUGGGAGGUCUAGCGGGCGUCGGAGCGGGAAUGUUUAGCAAUCCAUUUGAUGUUGUUAAAACUCGAAUGCAAUUGCAAGGUGAGCUCCGUGCACGAGGCCAACAUGCCGUUUACUACAAGAGUAUACCACAUGCUAUGUAUACGAUAGUAAAACAUGAUGGAUUAUCUGCUUUGCAGAAAGGUUUAGUGCCCGCUCUUUGGUUUCAACUCUUUGUCAAUGGUGUGAGACUAGGAAUCUAUCAACAAGCUGAUAACUAUGGCCUUUUACGUGAUGAGAAAAAUAACACAAAAUUUGCAAAUAGUCUUCUCUUUGGGGCUCUAGCUGGAAUGUCUGGUGGUCUCGUGGGCAGUCCCCUACAACUGGUUAAAACCCAACUAAUGUCGUAUUCCUCCAAAGAGAUAGCAGUGGGGACACAGCAUGGGCACCCUGGAACUUUUUAUGCUUUAUCAAGGAUAUAUAAGAAGAAUGGAUUCUUUGGUUUAUGGAGAGGAGCUCAUGGAAUGAUGCUUAGGAACUCCAUUGGUUCAGCAUCUCAAAUAGCAUCUUUUGCUGUGUGUAAAGAAUGGAUGGACAAUAAUAAUAUAUUCCAGCAGUCAAAAUAUCUCUCAUCUUUUAUCGCUAGCAACGUUGGAGCUAUCGUCAAAACCGUCGCUCUGACACCUAUGGACGUCAUCAUGACGCGACUCUACAAUCAAGGUGUAGACGCGAACGGUCGAGGCGUUCUCUACGGUGGUAUUGUGGAUUGUGCUCGUAAAAUAACUAAAACUGAGGGCCUUUUAGCCUUUUACAAGGGCAUGGGUCCCUCGUAUCUACGUCAGGCCCCCCAUACAGUCCUCCUAUUAGUAUUCUGGGAUAUUUUGAAAGAUUUACAGAAUAAUGUUGUUAUGAAAAUGUAGUAUUAUAUUAAAUUACCUAAUUUCUAGAAAAAAAGAAACUACUUACUAAGAGUUAAUAAUAUAAUUUUAAUAUAGAACGUGACCUGGAAAAUGAAGUAUUGAAUCCGUAUAGAAAACGAGUUUUCAAUAAACCAAUGAUAUUUUUAAUA